AUGGACAUCAUACAGGCACAGACGCUCUAUCCCGUGGCAGUCCGCACGCUUCGACUGGUUGCGGGGCGGACGAUCCAGCAGCCGCGGGCCGUGCACGCCAUCAUCGACGGUCUGGUCGGCUACGACGAUGUGCUCUGGCGGGUACCUCUCACCCUCUCCGCCGCAUACCUCGUGCACCGAGGCACCGCAAGUCCACGAGCCGAGACAGAGGCAAAGGAACGCACGCGCCGUAGUCGUCGUCGACGAAGGAGAGGCGACUCCAGCUGGCUCUGGUGGCUCCUCGCUGGACGCGACCCGGCUUCUCACACUGCGGCAAGGACUGCUGCUGCAAGGACAACUGCAACAAGCUGGACAAGCGAAAGGGCGAAGAGCGUGCGUGCAUGGGUCGAGGACCAGCAGUCGCAACGGGGGUCAGACGAGACCGUCACUGCUUCCAAAUGCCGCCGCCGUCAGGACCCGACUCUGAAGCCUCGUCUGCAGUCACCUGAAGAACAAGAAGAGCAGCAAGUCAGAGGCGGUGCAACACCCCAGGCAGUCCCCUCUCCCUCCUCAGGCACAGGCAAUCAUCCUACUGGCGACUUGCUUCUCUAUCACCUGGGUCUCAACGACGCCGUGGGCACCCCAUCAUGGUGA